AGCACCGGUCAAUAGCUUUGCGUUGUUAAUAACAAGUGACCCAAUCACCGAUUUUAUCAGUGCCUAAACAUUUGCCGAAAAUAUACACACACACAGAAAAUAAGUGAUAGAAGACUGUAAUCGUACGACGAGCGAACCAAAUAUUAUCAAACAAUCACGAUGAGGAUAUUACUGUUGGCGGCUGCUGCCGUGUGCCUCUGCGCAAUUUACGUAAAAGCCGGUCCAAUUAAUGCCGAUGCGUUGGUACAAGAGGAAGGCAAGAAGCAGGAGGAUGCGACGGGUGUCUUUGUAACACCGGUUUCGACGGAAGUUAAAGAAACUGAAGUUAAGGUCGAAGAAUCCAAGGAAGUUGCCAAAGCCACAGGAAGACAAUCGACGUCGUCUUCGGACGAUGAUGAUGAUGACGACGACGAUGACGAUGAUGACUUGGACUUGGGCGUCGACGAUGAUGAUGAUGACGACGACGAUGAUGAUGAUUCUCCUGCCGAUGAUGAUGACGAUGACGACGAUGAUGAUGAGGACUACUUCGAACGUUUCUUCGAUGACAUCCUAGGAGAGGACGAUGAUGAUGAUGACGAUGAUGAUGAUGUAUCCCCGUCCACCGGAUUGACGCAGCCCGUGGAGAGCGUACCGGAAUCCCCAGUUGUACCUGAAUCAUCGAUCGCCGAUGAAGCCGACGAGAGUUUAGCCGGUGAGACAGACAGUCCUUUAUCCGCUGAAAGCGAUUCUUCCGUCGUUGACAAAGACCCCACCGAGGUGGCCGCUUCGAACGUUGUGGCGCAGCCUGUUGUCGUCGCUCCGGUACCGGAGAACGACGAGGCUGAAGACGAUGACGAUGACGACGAUGACGAUGACUUAGACGAUAUUACCGGUGACGAUGACGAUGACGACGAUGAUGAUGAUGAUACCGCCGCUGACGACGACGAUGAUGAUGAUGAUGACGAUGAAACGGACCUCGACGACGUCAUCGAAGCCAAACGUUCACGUGCACUGCAGCAGCAAUCGGUGCAGCAGCAUCCAGCAUCCCAGACGCAGACACGGAUGCCGCAGGUUUACAUCUCGAAAUACAACCGAUUCGUAGACAACAUCCUGGGUCGCAUAAACAGGAUCCUAGGGAAAUCCUAUGACCCGGUUCGAGUGAAACUGACUCAGCCGACCGAAACCAACAAGAACAAGACGAAGAAGACCAAGAACACGACCAACAAGCGUAAAUCAAACAAGACCAAGAAACCUUUGAGGGCCACCAACAAGAUGGGUGACACGGAGAUCGCCAGAGCGACGGAAAGCGAAUCGCGCGAACCAGCUUUCAUCCUCAUCUCCAAAGCGAGCGACAUCACAAAAACGGUGCCUAUUAAGAACGUUACAUUAGAAGUAAGAGCGAGUCCGAGCACAGGCAACAAGAAGAAGAACAAAACUAAGAACAAGACCAAGAGCGGAAGCGGAAGCAACAAGAAGCAGGCUACGAGAGCGAGGGCGACUUUGUUCGGUCUGAGUACCCUCAGAAGGGAAGGUGAUGUCGCUGUUAACAUGAUGAGGGACUAUACUACAGUCAAAACUAACUUCUUUUUGGGACCGCUCACUUUGAGGGUGGAGAAAGAAUUCGGAAGGGGCGCCAAGCGCGAACUGAAGAGCGCCACAGCAACCACCGCUGAAAUGAUUGGUAAAUUGAACUUGAGAAUCGUACAUGGAGGUGCAGCCACUUUGCAUUCCAUCAAAGUUCUGCAACCAAAGCAAAUGAGAGUUGAUAGUGCAGAUAACCAUGAGAAGACCAAGGAAUAUAUGUGGAAGAGGAGCUCGCACAUAGCUUCCGUGGUAUCGAAGAAGCUUGCGUCGGCAGCGCGGUCCAUGCUGAAACCCCCACCGAAAGCACCAUGAAGGCAAACGCCCACGCCUAAAAUCAC